AUGACGGAGCAGCAGGAUAAUACAACUCAGAAGCUGGGCCUGUAUCGUCAGCUCAUCAGCCAAAACGUUCCUGUCUUGGAAUGGCGCUACGAACAGCGGCGAGAAAUGCAAGAGAUCCUCCCCUCCAUCUUCCUCGGCCCCUACUCCGCGACUCGAAAUCUCGAGGAAUUGAAAAAGGCUGGCAUCACCCACAUUGUCUCGCUCUGGGACGUCUCUGAAUCGCGGAUUCUGAAGGUUCAUUACCCAGAACACUUUCAGUAUCUCCAACUAGAAAUUUCGGACGCUGCCACGCAAAAUCUCAUCACACUUUUUCCCUCAGUCAAGCAAUUUAUUGACCAGGCGAUCUUCAGAGAAAAUGGCAAGGUUCUUGUCAAUUGCAUGAGCGGUAUCUCGAGGUCGCCGGCAUUUGUGGUCGCCUAUCUGAUGGAAGCAACAGGCAUGGAGUACGAGAUCGUGUACCGAUACGUCCAGAACAAACGCUUCUGUAUGAAUCCUAACCCUGGCUUCAGGCACCAGCUCGAGGAAUAUGGACCAAUCUACACGGCAAUACAGACAGUCGGAUCUCAACCCAAGGAACAGAGGACAUCCAUGCGGCGGUCUGCUCCAGAAGAUGAUGACGAUGAGGAAAUGUAUGGACAAGAUGCGUCUUUGGCAUAA